AUGAGCUAGCUAGCAGGAGAGAGACCGAGAAGGGGAGCUUUAACUCAUAGGCCUCGUCCUCUGCCCGAGCCACAACCAACCUGAAUCCACGCUCAGCUCAACUCAGAAACAGAUGGACAACUACACCGGCAUCCCCGGCUCCGACGUCCUGCGCAGCCGCGCCGACAGCCAGCUCGUUGCCGUCACGUACAUCCCGCGAGGGGAGCAGGUGGACGAGGCCGUGCGGCGGGAGAUCCUCAGGCACCGGUCGCUGCGCCACCCCAGCGUCGUCCGCCUCAGGGAGCUCGUCCUCACCCCGACGCACCUCGCUGUCGUCUCGGAGCACGCCCCGGACCUCCACCGACGGGUCCGCGAUGCCGGCCGUUUCAGCGAGGACGAGGUGCCCCCGGUCAACGGCUCCAUUAUUGGUUCCUACCAACCAAUUCAUUGGCCAUGGUGUUUCUUUCUUUCUCUGUACCAACCGUCGAAGCUUGUGCCAUUUUUUCAGGCGCGUCUGCUGUUCCGGCAACUGGUAUCAGGAGUCAGCUACUGCCACUCCAUGCAAGUGUGCCAUCGUGACCUGAAGCUGGAGAACAUCCUGCUGGAUGGCAGCUGCGCGGGGCCUCCUCGCCUCAAGAUAUGCGGCCCUGGCGUUUCAAAGCGUCAGUCGCAGCCGGGAGCGCCAAGAGCGUCUGACCAAACACGGGUGUACAUCGCUCCUGAGGUUUUUCAGCAAAGGGAAUAUGACGGCAAGAUCGCCGAUGUGUGGUCCUGUGGAAUGACGCUCUACGCCAUGCUAGUCGGUGCCUACCCCUUCCAGUGUCCUGACGACGAGCCUAUAAAUUUUAGGAAGAUAAUUCAGAGGAUACAGAGCGUGGAAUACUCUGUUCCAGAUGACCUGCACAUAUCGGCCGAGUGCCGGGACCUCAUCUCUAAGAUCUUUGUUGCUGACCCAGCGGCUAGAAUCACGGUUCCCGAGAUAAGAAACCAUCCAUGGUUCUUGAUGAAUCUCCCGGCUGAUGAUAGCACGAUGAGCACCGAGGAGGCAGAGCAGCCGGUGCAGAGCAUGGAUGAGAUCAUGCAGAUCCUAGCACUGGCAGAGGCACCUGGCGAUACUGGCGAUGACAUGGAAGAAUUUGUAGAUUCAGAUCCCUGUAUUGACAUCACCACAUGCUAGUACGCCUCAUAUAUAUUUUGGAACAAAUUGCAUAUGUUACAGGUAUCAAAACUCAAAACAUCAUAGCAGCAGGAAAACUACAUAUAUAGAUACAAUAACUCGACGGAAAGAUGGCCAGAAGGGGAUAAAUUUGAGGUUACCGCUAUUUGGGCUGCCCAUGCUUGAUAGCCCCCAAAUUGUUAGUCUUGUUACUCGUGAUGGUAUUCAUACAUUUCAAAAAUAUUUAGCUUAUUGGAUUAA